AUGCUAUGUAACUUCCUGUCUUUGUUACUAGUUGCACUAGACCGAACAAUCAUCGCAACAGCCAUCCCUCGCAUCACAGACGAAUUCCAUAGCCUGGGCGAUAUUGGAUGGUAUGGAUCAGCCUAUAUGCUAGCUAGUGCAUCAGCACAGCUACUUUUUGGACGAAUCUACAAAUUCUACGAUAUGAAAUGGGUAUUCUUGUCUUCAGUGGUUGUCUUUGAGAUUGGAUCAGCAGUCUGUGGCGCCGCCCCUACUUCCAACGCUUUUAUUGCAGGCCGUGCCAUUGCGGGAUUUGCUUCGGCGGGAAUAUUCUCUGGUUGCAUGCUGAUCAUUAUUCCAUUGGUACCACUUCACAAACGACCGAUGUACCAAGGCUUAUUUGGGGCUGUGUUUGGCAUUGCUUCAGUUAUGGGUCCGCUGGUUGGUGGAGGUUUUACCAGUAGUGUUACUUGGAGGUGGUGUUUCUAUAUCAAUUUGCCCAUUGGGGCGGUUAGUCUGCUGGCCAUGACCUUCAUCUGGCAUCCACAGAAAGCCCAGCAUGAUUGCGUUCCCGUUCUGGUGCAUAUUAAACGCCUAGAUCCACUGGGAAUGCUCUUCUUCAUACCGUCAAUGGUCUGUCUUCUCUUGGCUUUCCAGUGGGGUGGAUCGACAUAUGCGUGGAAUAGUGGUCGGAUUAUUGCGUUAUUCGUUGUAUUUGGGGUCUUGAUCCUCAUCUACGCCGCAAUCCAGAUCUGGAGGCCUGAAACAGCCACAAUCCCUGCAAGAAUUAUUACUCGUCGCAGUAUCCUCAGCGCGGCUGUUUUUAUAUUCUUCACAUCCAGCGCAAUGAUGAUGAUGAUUUACUACGUUCCGAUUUGGUUCCAAACCGUCAAGCUGGUCAAUCCUGUCAAGUCUGGAAUCUAUACCCUGCCACUAGUCCUCAGUCUCGUCGUUGCAAGCUUUAUCGGCGGCCUAUCCACGCAGAAAAUUGGAUACUACGUCCCAGUCAUGUAUCUCAGUCCAAGCAUUAUGUCGAUAGGACUAGGCCUAAUGACUACCUUCGACCUCAACACCAGCUCAUCGCACUGGAUUGGGUACCAGUUCCUUUCGGGCUUUGGUCUCGGACUUGGAAUGCAGCUGAGUGGAUUGGUUGUGCAAAGAAUUCUACCACCACCGGAUAUCCCAAUUGGCAUUGCGUUGAUGUUCUUCCUCCAGCAGAUUGGUGGGAGUAUUUUCGCAGCGGUAGGACAAACGAUCUUGAGUAAUAUACUUGUCUCGCAUCUGAGUGGUGUCCCGGGUCUGGACACGAAUUUGGUUGUGAAUGAAGGUGCGACGGAUUUGGUUUCGGUUGUGCCAUCAGAAGACAUUGUGAUGGUUCAACGGGCAUAUAAUGAUGCUUGUAGGAGGAUCUUCUUUACUGCUUUGGGGCUGACGCUGGUUGCUCUGAUAAGCUCUCUUGGUAUGGAGUGGAAGAGUAUCAAGGAAGGCAAAAAUGGUCAAGAUGGUCCCGAGCACGGAGGAAUCAGCAAUGAUGGUAGUAAGCACGAUGAGACUGCGACUGGGAAAUCUGGCCAGCCGCUCACUGAGAAACCCGAGAGGUGA